CCUCACCCUGCCAUGGCCCGAAACCGCAAAGAAAGAAACAGCUGGGGUGGGUUUUCAGAACGAAAUUAUGACUGGAGUUCUGAAGAGGAAGAAUAUGAGAAGAAAGCUCAACCGGUGCAGGUGCUUGUAGUUAAAGACGACCAUUCCUUCGAGCUGGAUGAAGGGGCAUUAAACCGAAUUCUGCUCUGCGAAGACGUACGGGAUAAGGAGGUUGUGGCCGUGUCCGUGGCAGGAGCGUUCAGGAAAGGAAAGUCCUUCCUCAUGGACUUCAUGCUGCGAUACAUGUAUAAAACGGAACCUGUGGAUUGGCUUGGCGAUUACAACGCGCCACUCUCUGGUUUUUCAUGGAGGGGCGGAUCUGAGCGAGAGACUACAGGAAUCCAGAUAUGGAGUGAAAUAUUCCUGGUGGACAAACCUGAUGGGAAAAAGGUUGCGGUGUUGCUGAUGGACACGCAGGGGACAUUUGACAGUCAGUCCACUCUGAGAGACUCGGCCACAGUGUUUGCUCUGAGCACAAUGAUCAGCUCUAUUCAGGUUUACAACUUGUCUCAGAAUGUUCAAGAAGAUGAUCUGCAGCACUUGCAGCUAUUCACAGAAUAUGGCAGACUGGCUAUGGAGGAGACAUUCCUCAAACCGUUCCAGUCUUUGAUUUUCCUGGUACGUGAUUGGAGCUUUCCAUAUGAAUUCCCAUAUGGGGCCGAUGGAGGAUCCAAAUUUUUAGAAAAACGACUGAAGGUAUCCGAAAACCAACAUGAAGAACUGCAGAAUGUCAGGAAACAUAUCCACUCCUGCUUCACCAACAUCUCCUGCUUUCUCCUGCCUCAUCCAGGUCUUACCGUCGCUACGAAUCCAAAGUUUGAUGGAAAACUUAAAGAGAUCGAUGAAGAGUUUAUAAGGUAUCUGAAAAUCUUUAUACCAUGGCUCUUGAGCCCAGAAAACCUGGAUGUUAAAGAAAUCAGUGGCAAUGAAAUAACCUGCCGUGGUCUGGUGGAAUAUUUCAAGGCCUAUAUCAAGAUCUAUCAAGGAGAGGAGUUGCCCCACCCGAAGUCCAUGUUGCAAGCCACAGCAGAAGCAAACAAUCUCGCAGCCGUGGCAACAGCAAAAGAUUUGUAUAAUAAGAAAAUGGAAGAGGUAUGUGGGGGGGACAGACCCUUUAUGGCACCCACUGACCUGCAGCAUAAGCACCAGGAGCUGAAGGAAAAUUCUGUGAAGCUUUUCCGUGGUGUGAAGAAAAUGGGGGGUGAAGAGUUCAGCCGGCGAUACCUCCAACAACUAGAGAAUGAGAUUGACGAGCUCUACGUCCAGUAUAUCAAGCACAAUGACAGCAAGAAUAUAUUCCAUGCCGCCCGCACCCCGGCCACGCUGUUCGUGGUCAUAUUCAUCACAUACGUGUUGGCUGCAGUCACCGGCUUCAUAGGCCUGGACAUUAUCGCUAGUUUAUGUAACAUGAUUAUGGGACUCACGCUCAUCACGCUGUGUACAUGGGCGUACAUCAGAUACUCAGGAGAGUACCGAGAGCUGGGGGCAGUAAUAGAUCAAGUGGCUGCAGCGCUAUGGGAUCAGGGAAGCACCAAUGAGGCCCUCUAUAAGCUUUACAGCGCCGCCGCUACGCACAGACACUUAUAUCACCACGCGUUUCCUGCUCAACAACCCGAGGCUGGCGCUGAAGAUCACGAGAAGAACAUGUAACGUCUCUGACAGGCCCACAGUAAAAGCUGCAUGAACUUAAGUGUUCACCAACUGGUAACUAUUAAUGGUAGCGCGUUAUGACUACACCUUGGAGAGUGCGUUCUACCAUCACAGUUGUCGAGGAGGAUCGACGCUGCUCGACACCUUUUAAUUACGGAGACCCUGGUGUGGGGUUUCGAGGUUGGUACCACCAGACUGCUAUGGAAAUGCUGGGGCACAUAACCAAACAUACAAUGGCUUAUGCUCAUUUCUUUUUAAACACAUGUGUAAUGAUAUACUUUUUACUAUGAUAUCUUGCUUAUACGGUCACCACGUUCAUUAUUUUACAUCCACACAUUGAUUCUGAUGAAUAGUUACUCACUGUCCUGUUGCAGCUUAUGCUAUGGGAGCAGAAAACCGAUGCCAGCCUGCCAUGUAUUCGGUGGUUGCAUUGGCAGGCGCUCUGUAUCGCUGCGAGCAUUAACGCUGCCUGUACACUUGUAUUUAUGACUAUAUUGUAUAUUUUGUUGUUAUGGUACAUACUGGUUA